GAUAGAUCCUCGUUAAACAGAAUGAGCCGUGAUACGAUGGCACUCGGACUUUCCGGUGUACAUUGGCGCACAAGCCAUUCGAUAACCGGGUCGAUACACCAUAUACGUACGGAGCAGGGGUCCAAUCUUACGGCAGAUUCAGGAGAGACGGCCACCGAAACCUUACGCAAGAGGGUGUCGCAGCCGACAGGGUGUUCGUGUGGAGCGAAGUCUCCCGUCCGAAGUAAAGAAGCCGUCUAUCUGAUGCUAGCUGUGAUGAUUCCUAGGGACAGUCGGCCGGUUGGCAACUGCGGAUUCCCAAUAGCAACUCGGCACCAGUGCAUAAGCCAAAUUGACCGCGUAGCAUUGCCUUGA